AUGACUUUGAUAGGAAAUAAUAUGGUUUAUCUUCUAAGACCAUUGGCCAGGACGAUAACGUUACAUAAAGAUGCAGCUGGCUUGUUAGGAUUCUCAUUUAAAGAUAAUCUUAUCACAGCUGUGAUGCAAAAAUCAAGUGCUAGUCGCAAUGGAUUGCUUAUCAAUCAGCGAAUCAUUGAAGUGGAUGGACGAAAUGUUAUGGCUUUUAAGAACAAAGCAAUGAAGUCAUGCUUGGAUGAUGCCUCAGUGACAGUCACAUUAACGCUUAUGCCAACAGAAUUUUAUGAUGAAAUUACAAAAAAGUCGGUCAAAUUUUUCUGA